CCCCCCCCCCCCCCCUUCUCCAUCGCACACACUCGCACCGUUUCCCUCGUCUCUCUGCUGCUGCUGCUCUGUUUCGUUUCGGCGUCCAACAAGUACAUACUGUAACAAGCACAGUGUUUCUGUUCUGCUCCCCCGGAUUUCUCCCAAAGUCCCCAACACGACACGCACGACAAAGACCCACGCCGAUUCCUCUCCGGAAUGGGCAAUUCGUGAGCCCUAGACUCUGAGCCUCGUCCCUCUCCUUCUCUCUCUCUCUCUCCAUGUCUAUUGUACAUGCCCGCCGAUUCCCGGUGAGCAGAACGAGGGCGCGACCCUAUUAAGGUAAUUCGGGAGAAUGGCAGACUUGUACGGUAGCAGCAGCAACAACAACAACAACAACAACAUCAACAAUACCAGCAACAGCCGCAACGGCAACAAUAACAACGACAACCUUGGACGUCAUCUCCGACCCGACAGACCACCGACUGCCGCCGCCGUCGCCGCCUCUACCACCACCACCACCACCACAACCUCAAACCCGAGUACAACCGUAGACCUGGCAGCCGCCGCCGCAGCUACCACCGUGACAGCCUCCUCAGCCUCGGGAGCCGCAGCCCCGGCAGCCUCGUCGUCCGUAUCUCCGAAACCGACCAAGCGGUCCUCGGCAACCACAUGCGUCACCUGCCGCGCUCGUAAGGUCCGCUGCGACGGCCGCCGCGACAUCUGCAGCAACUGCGAACGCCUCGGCUUCUCAUGCACCUACGAGGACCCGACCUCCGAAGCCAACGGCCUCGCCGCCGCCCCGGCCUUUCCCCUGCCGAGACGCCGCGUCCGCCAGGCCUGCCAGAGCUGCCAUUCCCGGAAGGCUCGGUGUAGCGGCCACACCCCGGCCUGUGAUCGCUGUCGCGCUCAGGGCAUCGAGUGCGUCUACCGGGUCUCCAAGCGGACUAGGCUGAGCAUCAACCCUCCCGCCAGCCGCAGCGAUCACGCUGUGAGAUCGCCGACCUCGUCGACCUCGGCUGCUGCCACCAGUCGCGACCACCAAGCCCGUCGCUCACUAUCGAGGGAUGAUGCGGCCCAUGAUUCCGACGCUGUCGGCGCGGAUGCCGUCGCCUCCAACACACCGAGCACGUUCAAUCGUGAUCUGUCCGCCCCUGAUCCCCAGUUCGAGUCUCUCAUCAGCCGGGCUCUGGACAAUUUCUUCCGCCAUGUUCACCACAUCCCCAUGCUAUCCUUUCUCCACCGAGCUUCCCUCAUGCAGAGGCAUCACGUCGGCGGCCUGGACCGUCCGCUGCUGCUCGCCCUCAUCGGCAUCACCAGCCUGCUGACCGACUUGGGCCCGGGCACGAGUGAUUACGGCGAGAAGUGCGUCGACGAGUCCGAGUCCCUGAUCCUCAAGAGCCUCGAGAACGCCUCCACCAUCAAGGUCCAGACCCUCGCCCUCAUCAUCAAGUACCGCAUCUUGACCCGUCGUUUCUCGAGCGCUUUCAUGCUCGCCGCCACCGCGGCGCGAUUCGCCACGGCCCUCCGGCUCAACUACGAGAACCCGGACCUCUGCUUCCUCGCCCAGGAGUCGAGACGACGCCUCAUGUGGGCGCUGUUCAUGAUCGACCAAGGCAUGGCCGGCGGGUAUCGGGACCUCACCCUGUGGACGCCCGAGACCAUUCACAUUUCGCUCCCGUGCAACGAGAGAGACUUCGAGUUCGACCUUGCCCCGCCGUCGUUGCGACCGCUGGUCCCAGGCCCGGAUGAGUCUGAGAACGACGACAUCGGCAGUCUGGCACUUCACGUGCGCAUCCUCUGGCUCCGUGGCAGAAUCCUCAAGUUCGCCAAGAGGGCCUCCAAUUGUUCUCACGAGGAUCUCGGGCGGCUCAAGGAGCAGCUGCAGUCCUUCGCCGAGGAGCUCUCCGACUUCGCCGAGCGGUUGCCCGUGUCGUUCCGCUGGUCCGACAACAGCCUACGGCUGAGGGCGUACUCGCCCCGCCUCUGCGUCUUCAUCAUGAUCCACGUCUGGUGGCGGCAGUGCAAUUGUGACCUCUUCAGGAUAGGCCUGGUUGGUCUCCGCGAUUCCGUGUCUCGGUCGGCCGCGGAACGGCUGGGGCCCGAGUUCAUCGCCGGAUGCCAACGGCAAUGCUUCCAACACGCCAUGGAAAUGUCAAACAUGUUCACCUCCAUCAAGCAACUGGACCACUACCCCGUUGCGGACUUGGACAUGCCCGUCUGCGCCUACCAGUGCAUCCGGAUGCUGUAUUACAUCUACCACCUCAACGCGGAAGAGUACGGUCUCACACCGGACAUCCUCCGCAAGAAGGCCACCGUCUGCCUCGACGUGACCAAGGGAUGCUGUUCUGGAACGGCAGCAGUCUCGAUCCAAGCCGACUUGCAGAGGCUCAUGGAUCACGGGCUGUCGAUACAGGCCACCCCGAGCCGGUUGCUCAGCGAGGAGCCGCAGGACGAGAGGAACGGCAACGGGGCCAAGCGUAUCCGCCUCAGCCGCGCGAAACAGGUGCAGUUGGUCGAAGAUCCCGACAGCGGUGCGCCCGCCGCCGACGAGCUCACGAACCGACCGUUCGGCAUCGGCGCGUGGGAAGACAUACAGAUGCCCGAGGCCGAGAAGCCGGUCGAGCAGGUUCCCGCACCCCCGCAACAGCCCACCGCGCUUGGCUCGCUCGAAGUCAACAACGCCUUCGAGGGCGCACUCGACAGCCUGGACUUCAACAUGGAGCCCAUGGGCCUGGACUCUCUAGCAUGGUUCUCCAACGAGUGGGCACAGGGAGACUUCCAGGGCGAGUUUUGAUCCCUCGUAACAAACGUGUUACACGACCCCGCGUAUAAGGUCAGGGCCAUUAGCACACAUGUUAUUAUCGCUUCUGGCGGGGGCGAGCGACCCUUUUUUUUUUUUUUUUACCGCUUUACGAGCGAGUACCCCGAAAUUCUUUCCCUACCAUAAGGGACAACCGAAACUUUAUGAGCCUUUGCUCGUUGACCUCAGUGCUGUCUGUUGGCAACGCGAGGAAGAGCUUGGCUACCAUCCCAUCGACCAAGCCACGGACGAUUCGUAGGCUUGGUAGCUGGACCACGUAGACAUGGUCCAGGAAAAGCAUUUACGGACGAAGAACUUUUCCCGUCACACUAUUGGAAAGCGGCCAACAAGGAAAUCUCCAACUUUGGGGGACCUAGUGUUUAGUCGCCUCUGGCUAUAUAUAUGCUACUAGGUAGAUGGGCCAGCUAAAAAGAUAGAUCUGGUAUUCACCACAUCGUCAUUCAUCCACAGAUGUACAUUCUAGGAGUUUAUAUAUGAGGCCAAUCCCUUGCAACGUCAAGGCUUGUCGGGAUCAUCUAGAAACGCCAUAUACCUCUCCACAAUGAAGAUAUAUC